AUGGCGACCAGCGCACCACUCUUGGCCAAGGAGGGCAAGGGCCACUCCAAGGCCUCGAUCUUCUAUGGUGCAGAUGAGUACCUCGAGGAGCUGAAGCGCAAGUACGAGAGCGACCAUGAGAUCGCAGCUCUCAAGAAUGCGCUUCCCGGAGAGGGAGAUCCCAACGCAGCAGGCAUUGCGCCCAGCAGCGACAAGAUGCUCUCAGUUCAGAAGAACGAUGAGAAUAGGAGCCUCAAGACCAAUCGGCUCUUCCCAACUCCGAACAAGCCGGACCCUAUGCCGCAGAACCUGGCCUUCCUCUUCACCAAGAUCACUCCAGAACAAAUGAUCUACAUGUGGAAUGUUCUCACAGCCAUUUUCACGUGCCAGGUGCUAAUGGUUCUGGCCUACUGCGGAGCCCUGGCCAGCUUCCCAGACUACUGGUGGACCUGCACGCUGUGCUUUGGUCUUCCUUUCUCGUACAUUGCCAUCCAGCAGAUUUACAUUGACCACGAUGUUAUGCACGGUGCCACUUUCCCUGUGUACGAAUGGCAGCGCUUCCUCACGCACCCCUUUGCGGAUUUCUUUAGCCUGCCAUGGGAGGAGUUCGUUCUGGAGCACAACAGGCAUCAUGCGUCCACCGUCGACUUGCUGAUCCAGGGUGAGUUCGGCUGGGACCCCGAGGAGUUCCAUUACGCCCUUCAACAGUGGGCAGGGCCAUGGAGCUCCAACUGGUACAAGUACCUGCUGACCGUGCCGUUCAUUCCAGUGAUACACUUCUUUGGCCUGAACGACACUGGCUCUCUCUUUGCGCUGGAGUGGUGGAUGCACUUCCCAGAUGAGGGCGCGGGCGGCAAGUGCAACAAGGAGUUCUGGACAAAGUGGGUACCGCGCCGUGUGAAGCACAACGCCUUCGUCCUCUCCCUGUGGGCCUGCGUGUGGCUGCUCGGCACCUACCCGCUGGGGCGUCCCCUUAGCGAAGGCUAUCGCUUUAUGUUCACCGUCUCCUUCUUCGCUCGCAUUGGGUUUUCGGCGGCGUGGAUGUUCAUCACUAACUUCACACACAGCCUUCCUUGGAACGAGUUCCUCGCGCAAGAUCCGGCCCGCACCUGGCCGGUGUUGCACAACGUGAUGGCCUUUGUUCUCGGUGGAAAGCACCGCUGGAACGAGAUGCUGUUCCAUGAUGUUCACCACGCCUUCCCGAAUGCUGUGGGCACGCUGAGCCAGCGUGGGCGUUUCCAUGGCUGGGAGAAGGUGCAUGACGCAGCGGCAGAGGUUCUCCACCGCGGCCUGUGGAAGCCCAACGGUGACGAGGAGACCCAAAUGCAGAAAACUCAGAAGAAGCGCUCCCUGAUGAUGAAGCAGGGCAGGUGA